AUAUUAAUAUUUGUUAAUCCACUGAUACUCUUCUCCUCGUCGUCUUUGUGUUGGAGCAAUCGGAUUCAAGUCAAGCCUCCGCCAUGGAAGACAGUCGUGUACGGUGGUCCGAUCUUCCUCCUGAACUUUGGCCAAUCAUCGGUAAACGCCUUGAUACCCACAUCGACAUCCUCCGAUUUCGCAGCGUCUGCCGAUCUUGGCGUGCUUCUCUUCCUCCUUUCAACGCCAUUUCUCCUCUUUUACCUCUCGAUCUCCCUUCUCCAGUCUUCGCCGCUGAUCAUCUCACAGAUGCCUUCCUUAUCCGAAGAAUAAUCUAUCGCCUCAGUCCCCUCCAUCAUCGUCAAACUUCCGAUUCUGCUUCUUCUUCUUCUUCUUCUUCUUCUUCUUCUUCUUCUUCUUCUUCUUCUUCUUGUGCUGCGGAGGGCUGGUUAGCGAAGGUCGAGAGUACAAAAUUAGGUAAAAUGCGUUUUCUGCAUCCUCUUUCUACACGCUAUGCUAAAUACAACAACGAGCUAUUUCGGAAGGAAGUGAACUUACUGGAUUUUGGAAUUUACGAAGUAGCUAAAUCGUAUACCCUUGGUUAUACUAAUGGUGCUCUUGUUCCACGAAUUACUAAGGUUGUAAUGUUCCCUGAUUCCCCCUGGAUCGAUGUGAAGAACUGCACCAUUUUAGCAGUUUACGCCGGUGGAAAAUUAGGGUUUGCUAAACAUGGAGACGACAAAUGGACGCUGAUUGACGACCGUAAUUUUCACUACGACGAUGUAAUUGUGUACAAGGGGCAGUUCUAUGCUGUUGAUCGAUGGGGAACAGUUUUCUGGAUUGAUUCAUCGAUGAAACUGGUACAGUUUUCUCCUCCCUUGUGUGGUUUUGGUAAUCAGAAGCAUUUGGUUGAAUCUGGCGGUGAACUCUAUGUUGUUGAUCGAUUUCUGGAUAAGGAGCCAUCGUUGUGGAAUGCAGAUAUCUUUCAUAUUCAUUGGUUGAAUAAUCUCAUUGAAGAUUCCCCUCCUAAAGUAAUCGAUUUCAAACUCCAUAGGUUGGAUCAAGAGUGGGGAAGAUGGGUGGAGGUCAAAAGUUUGGGGAAUCAAUCCUUUGUUUUGGGAAAUGAUUGUUGUUUCUCAGUUUCAUCCCCACAUUUUGAAGGAGUUAAAGGGAGUUGCAUAUAUUUUACCCAUACACCAAAAUGCACUCUUGGGUAUAACACUUAUGUAUUUGAGCUCGAAGAGAAAAGGAUUCUGAAAGCAUCUAUCAAUGAUAUUGAUAAUGCACCAAUUUUUGGGCCUCCCCCAAUUUGGCUCAAUUUGGAAGCCACUCAUUUUCAAGAGGAUGCAGCUGAUGAUCUAUACAUCUCUGCCUGUGCCUGCUGAAGGUUUAGAGUUUCCAUGGUGGGUGUCAAGGUCCAAGUAGUGAUUUCUGAAUCUUGGUGUUGCUGUAAAUAAAAGCUCUAGCUGCAUUUCAUUAGAAGCAGGAGACUCCAAAUUGACUCUGUUGUAUGUAAUAAGGUAUUCUAAUAAUGUGUAAAUAUGUAUGUUGGAUUUCAAUCUAUGGGGAUCAUCAGAAACGGUAUGUUUUGAUGCAUUAAUAAUAGGAGAGUUUGUUUGAAUA